UUGACCCCCACCCCCAUGAAUAUAUACAAUCUACACACACACACACACACACUAGAAUUAAAUCCAAAGCAGAAAUUUGGAAUCAUGUAUGGCACUGAUACUUGUGGAUGCUAACAUGUGUGCCGAUACGUAUGCUUAUACCACUAUGUUCGGCACUUGACCUCCACGCUGCUAAAGACUACUGCAAUAAUCCAUCCAUCCUUAAAGCCCCAGGGCCAGCGGUAGCGGUGAGAAAUAUAUCUCGUACCUCCAUUUACACCACUAUACUGUCCAUCUUCUGCUGCUGUGAUAUGAUCUGCUUCUAGCCACUCCCACAAACACACGCAGUGCAGGGUGUGAUAGAGCGGAAACAUGAAGCCAUCUCUCACCAACUUUGAUGACGUCUAUGGCCAUUCCCAGCAACCCUUUAACCUGAGGGGUGAUGACAGUGGGGUUAACGGGGCACGUGUUGCGGAUCUUGGAGAGCUUGAACAGUCUGCUGGGAUUGGAUUCUUGGAUGCUGUUAAUUUGAGCAGAAUAUACAAUGGCAUGAAGGCAAGCAAUGUCUCAGUUGUGUGUAAUAACUCCCAGUUUGGUGGAUUCACCAAUAGUUUGGUACCUUCAGGAGAGAUGGGGUCAUCAGGUGGAGGAGUAGACACAGUGCAGUGUACGGUGCAAAAGGGUGGAACAAUGGGGUUUGGAGGGUCAAAUGGAAGUGAAAACAUCGAGAACUGGGGAGAUAUGGGGGUGGUAGCAGAUCGCAGCCAACAGAGAGAAACUUCAACAGAUACUGAUGACAAAAUUCUGUUCACUGGAGUUCAUCAUCAAAGAUUGAUAGUUGUGGAUUCUAUAGACCAGACCAGGCAGAGAAUCGGAGAUCAUAAGGCACUUCGCAGACUGGCUCAGAACCGUGAAGCUGCAAAGAAGAGUCGAAUGAGAAAGAAGGCGUACGUUCAACAGCUCGAGAACAGUGGGAAAAGGCUUGCACAGCUGGAGCAGGACAUCAAAAGAGCACGGCAGCAGGGUAUCUCCAUUGCAUCUGGAUUUUCAGGAGAUGAGAUUCAUUCUAUGGGUGGGAGUGGAUCUAUGGCAUUCGACAUAGACUAUGCACGCUGGUUGGAUGAACAUCAACGACUCAUUAACAAUCUGAGAACAGCUGUAAAUUCUCAUGUGACCGACAGUGAAUUGCAGCUUCUUGUUGACGGGGUGAUGUCCCAUUAUGACGAAAUAUUCCGGCUCAAGAGCUCAGGUGCAAAAUCGGACAUAUUUCAUAUUCUCUCCGGUGUGUGGAAAUCGCCUGCUGAAAGGUGUUUGAUGUGGUUGGGGGGAUCUCGCUCGUCUGAGGUUCUCAAGGUACUCGGAAACCAAAUCGAGCCGUUAACAGAACAACAGCUUGUUGGCAUUUUUAAUCUACAGCAAUCAUCCCAACAAGCUGAGGAUGCUUUAUCCCAAGGAAUGGAAGCUUUACAACAAUCACUUGUGGAGACACUCUCCUCCAGCUCUGUUGGUCCUCGUAGUUCUGAAAAUGUUGCUGAUUACAUGGGACAAAUGGCAGCUGCAAUGAGCAAACUAGCAACACUCGAGAAUUUCCUUCAUCAGGCUGACCUUCUCAGACUGCAAACCUUACAACAACUGCGACGAAUCUUGACUGCACGUCAAGCUGCCCGUGCUCUUCUUGCCAUCAACGAUUACAAGUCGAGGCUCCGAGCUCUGAGUUCUUUAUGGCUAGCACGUCCGAGAGGAUGACAGUAGCCUUUUUCUGCAGUAUUUGUCUUAAUAUGACCAGAUGCCCAUGCAAAUUGAUGACAAUUGGGUCAAUGUAAGUAUGCCUUCUGAGACAGUACUAGGUGAAUCUUUUGCUGUACCUAGGAAAUGUUUAUACAGGCAAUUAAUUAAUUUCUUACCACUAUGAGAAAAUGUCAUGAAUUAUAUGAUAACAAUCACCCCUGAAAAGGAGUUGAUUUUAGGUUGUAGUAUUACUACCAGAAAUUCCUGUUCAACCUUUUAUGGCAUACCAAAACUAACACCAUCCCAUUAAUGCGCUUACACAUUAAUACAAACUUCCAAGAUCAGUGCUACCACAGAUAUUUCAUUUACAUGCAUUUACAUUAGCUGAACAGUGAAUAAAAUAUUCACAUCCUUUGUUGAAAUAAAAAAAAAAAAAAAA